UCUAAAUUAAUUUUUAAUUUACUUUGAAUUACUAACAAUUUACACCUUAAGGAAGAACCCUAACAGGUCGGUGGAUUCUCCUACACUACCUUCCUUUGAAAGGUUAUUUUAUGAUUGUUUCAUAAUAAAAGAUCCCAAGUAAUAUUCUUUUUAACACUUUUCUCAAUUGAUUGACAAGAUAGUGCCGUUCCUAUAAUUAGUACUUUCUGUGUAUAAAUAGACAUGGUCUUCCAAGCUCAGUUAUAAAGUUACGCAGACUUGCCCAUGUCUUUGGCAUUGCAGAGUUAAUGCGAUAGGUUAGCAGACAUGUGCUUUAAGAAUUUGUUGUUGCUUGUUCAAGACAUGAGAAGAGAUGGACAAGGACGUGAGUUGUCGCUCUGUGUCUAACCAUACACUAAAGAAAAGGUUCCUUCAGGCUUUGAAAUCGAAUGACUUUGUAACAUUGGAAAACAUCUUAGAACAAGGCAAAAUAGAUGUGGAUACCGUAUUUGAAGUUGAAGAUGAGAAUUUAGUUCUGGCAUCCUACAAACCAGGUAUGAUCAAACGUGUAACUUCAAAUUUCCCCACUCUCCCCUGACUUCUAUGCAUGUACAAAUGUAUUUAUAUUAAAAAUAACUUUGUUAUAAUUAGACAUUAAACUUUAAGGCACUCAUCAGAUUUUUUGCUUUUCAAUUUUAUGUGCACAGUGGGUGAUAGGUGGUUGAUUGACAGGGCAUGAUGAUACAGGUUUUCUCGUUUUCUCAAGGGAGUCUUGUGGGUUUCUCACAAUUAUAUGCCCCUUUUCACAGUUCUAUUGAUUUGAGUCGUUUUCUAUUGGACACGUUACAAUGUGACUUUAACGACAUCAUUGAUUUCAGUAUUACAUAAUGUGUAUCAUGAAAUCUGAUGGUUAUGAGCCUCCCAUCAAAAACACUAAGAGAUUUAUCCCCUAAACAGUAAAACAUUAUGAACUUAAAAGAAAUUGCACAACUUGUUUCAAAAUUUCUAUAGUGGAAAUAUUGGCAAUUUGAAAAAAUAUUACCAACAUGUGGAUUUUGGAGUGAAUUGGAAUCAAAACAAAAUAUUCCUUUCACCACUGUUCACUGUAAAUAUAGAUAUACAAAACACAUAAUACAUUUGACUGAUCUGAGUAAACAUAACUUUCUAAACACGUCUGGUCUGUGUCAAUUAAAAGCAGAUGGUUAUUAAACAAAUAACUAAUACUUCCAUGGUAGACAAAUAUACAUCUCUUUAUACAUUACGUACAAGUGAAUUGAUACCUAAAAGUGUUAAAGGGUUGCUCUAAUCACCAUGAGCACUUUUAGAAGUGGUUAUGGUGAUAACAAUCUGUAUGUGUAGCGUUUCAGCUUGAUAAUUAGUUGGAUGACGAGUAGGAUUAGGAUUAGGCAAAGUAAUACAUGUGGGUUAUCGUCCACAAGAAUAGUAGCAGAAAGCAAAUAUGAGUCCUUUACAGUAGUUUGACCACAGACGUGUCUGUGAAUUUCCAUAGAAUAAAAAGCAUGUGAAAAAUACAAAAACAUUCCUAAAUGUAAUUGGCAGAUUUUACAGAAGUUCAUCAUGAAAUGAUUAAAUUAAAAGUGUCAAAAUGCUCUCAGUUACAUAGCCGGCGGGAUGUAUUUUCUACAAUUAUAUACUUUUGUAUAGCAGUUUUGGAUUCUGUGACUACUAUAAAAAUUGUAAUCUCAGCAUGCCAAAUUUUACAAUAUAUUUAAAAUGUCUACAAAUUUAUUGAAAUCCUAGACCUAUUGGGCAUUUUAACAACCAGGACGAAUUAGUGAAUCUAUUCAGAGUUUCAUUUUUUAGGUGCAUGUUUUGUGCAGGAAUUAUUAAAUGUAAAACUGAGAAAGAAAUGUUUAGUUUUUUGUUUUUUUGUUUUUUACAAUUUAUUUAUAUUUAAUAUUGUAUUAUGCAUACAUAUAGGGUAUCAAAAUUAAAAGUUAUAUGUAAUAUGUACGGGUGCACUAAAACAGAAAGGGUGACAUUGUGGUAGAAUGAAUGCAUGAUAACAUUUUCAAAUAGGCAUUGGUCACAAACAUGUCGCAUCUCAAAAGGGCCUUGGUCCCUAAGGGGUUAAUCCUGCACAGAUAUUUAUCAAAACUUCCUAUGAAGGCUUUGAUUGAUCUCUCAGACCCACAUAUACGUGCACACCUCCUAACAUUUUUGAUGGAAUGGACAAACAGAGACAUUUUAAUUUUAGGGGUGUGAGUGGUGUUGUGACCAGAUGCGGGGCUGUUCUGAGGAAUUUUUGGUGACCGUACUGAUAACAAUUUAUGGAACUAAAAUUAAGUGAGAGCAAGAACAAUGAAUCUUAUUUACCCAGACUGAUUUCUAAACACACUUAUUGUAGUUUAAAGACACAUUAAUGGGAGUAUUAUUGCUGUUAUUAUUAUAUUGGGCAGUACCAGAAUAUUAAAUAACUAAUCUGGGCAGUAACAGAAUAUUAAAUAACUACACUGGGCAGUAACAGAGCAUUAUGUCAUCACACUGGGCAGUAACAGAGUUUUAUAUUGUUACACCGGGCAGUAACAGAGUAUUAUGUCCUCACACUGGGCAAUAACAGAGUUUUAUAUCAUUCCACUGGGCAGUAACAGAGUAUUAUAAUAUUAUACUGUGUAGUAACAGAGCAUUAUGUCAUCACACUGGGCAGUAAUAGAGCAUUAUAUAAUUACACUGGGCAGUAACAGAGUAUUAUAUAACUACACCGGGCAGUAACAGAGUAUUAUAUAAUUACACCGGGCAGUAACAGAGUAUUAGAUCAUUACACUGGGCAGUAACAAAGUAUUAUAAUAUUACACUGGGCAAUAGCAGAGUUUUAUAUCGUUACACCGGGCAGUAACAGAGCAUUAUAUAACUACACCGGGCAGUAACAGAGUAUUAUAUAACUACACUGGGCAGUAACAGAGUAUUAUGUCAUCACACUAGGCAGAAACAGAGUUUUAUAUCAUUACACUGGGCAGUAACAGAGUAUUAUAAUAUUACACUGUGUAGUAACAGAGUAUUAUAUCAUCACACUGGGCAGUAACAAAGUAUUAUUUAACUACACUGGGCAGUAACAGAGCAUUAUGUCAUCACACUGGGCACUAACAGAGUAUUAUAUCAUUACACUGGGCAGUAACAGAGUAUUAUAUAAUUACACUGGGAAGUAACAGCGUAUUAUAUCAUCACACUGAGCAAUAACAAAGUAUUAUAUAACUACACUGGGCAGUAACAGAGUAUUAUAUCAUUACACUGGGCAGUAACAGAGUAUUAUAUAAUUACACUGGGAAGUAACAGAGUAUUAUAUCAUUACACUGGGCAGUAAUAUAGCAUUAUAUAAUUACACUGGGCAGUAACAGAGUAUUAUAUAAUUACACUGGGAAGUAACAAAGUAUUAUAUAACUACACUGGGCAGUAACAGAUUAUUAGAUCAUUACACUUGGCAGUAACAGAGUAUUAUAUCUUUACACUGGGCAGUAACAAAGUAUUAUAAUAUGACACUGGGCAGUAACAGAGUAUUAUAUAUAAUUACACUGGGCAGUAACAGAGUAUAAGAUCAUUACACUGGGUAGUAACAGAGCAUUAUACCAUGACACUGGGCAAUAGGAGAGUUUUAUAUCGUUACACCGGGCAGUAACAGAGUAUUAUAUAACUACACCGGACAGUAACAGAGUAUUAUAUAACUACACUGGGCAGUAACAGAGUAUUAUGUCAUCACACUGGGCAGAAACAGAGUUUUAUAUCAUUACACUGGGCAGUAACGGAGUAUUAUAAUAUUACACUGUGUAGUAACAGAGUAUUAUAUCAUCACACUGGGCAGUAACAAAGUAUUAUUUAACUACACUGGGCAGUAACAGAGCAUUAUGUCAUCACACUGGGCAGUAACAGAGUAUUAUAUCAUUACACUGGGCAGUAACAGAGAAUUAUAUAAUUACACUGGGAAGUAACACAGUAUUAUAUCAUUACACUGGGCAGUAACAUAGCAUUAUAUAAUUACACUGGGCAGUAGCAGAGCAUUAUAUCAUUGCAUUAGUUACAUAGUUACAUUACACCAUUACAGAUGGCAAUAACAGAGCAUUACAUCAUUACACUGACCAGUAACCUUACUUUAUACUAUACUAUUUCAUAUCAAAGUAUUCAGUGCAGCAUAAUCGCUCCUGUAACUAUCUCUAAUAAGCAUUUAUUUUCCAGGUUAUUGGUUGCCCAGUUAUAAACUGACAUCAUCAUGGGCAACUGGGUUGCACAUUGCCGUUAUGAUGGGAUACCUGGAGAGUAUAUUAGUAUUGCUGCAGCACCAUGCCUCCAUCAACAGUCAACCCAAUGGGAAGACACCCUUACAUGUGGCAUGUGAAGUUGGCAAUAUAGAUUGUAUCAAGAUUCUUGCUGGCCAUAAAGCAAAGCUUAACAGUUUCUCAGUGAGCGGACUGGCGCCAUUACAUUACUGCACGACCAGAGAAUCCAUCGAUUGUGCCAAGGAGCUGGUAUGGAGUGGUAAGAUACAAUAAACGCAUAUUUGAUGUUUUGAAGACAGUCUUUAUGGUAUUGAUCCACUCACUAAACAGUGUGUAGCUCUGGGUUUUUUUUCUUCUUACUUGGCUUUUUUAGCCUGAAUUUAGCAACUGUUGCAAGUUCCAACCACAAAUUCAAAUUGUGUCAAGACUUUUUGCUAAAUAUUAAAGGCAAACUGUGUCAUUAUAUAUAGAUAAAGCUUGCAUGUAUUACAGGCUCUAUCUCUAUUCUUUAGCAAUGCAUCCAUAUACGUAAAUAAAUACUUUGUUUCAGUGUCUCUAAAACCUUUACUUGCUCUAUAGGAAAGCCAUCUUUAGACCUCUUUGGAAGGAAGCAGUGCUUUUCUCACCAAAAAACGCACACAUAUUCAUGAACUAGUAUGCAUUUACCAAUCCUGACUUUAGAUUUGUGCACAGCAAACAUUUUUGGGUCUUCCUAAUUCACUCAGCUGAAUUUUAAAUUGUUUUUCGAAUUGUGAGAAUUGAGGUCAAAACAUAUUUUGUUUCAGUUUGAAAAUUCGAAUCAAUAUUGAAAGAUGUGCCUACAGUGUCCAUUUAACAAAAAAACAACUCUUGGAGGGUGGGGUGGGGGGAGCUAAGCACGAACUUGAGCAGAUGCCAUUUCUAUGAGCUCUUCAUGGGGCUACUGAAAAUCUCCAAAUAUCUCUCGUUUAGCACUCCAUCCAGCCCUGCAACCCCAACAACUGAAAGCAGGGCACCUUCCCGCAUCGAUCGAUGCCCUUUCAGUACACCCCGAGACAACACAAACAGCGCGCACAGCUGGGGCCUACCACCAGCUGACACCACGAAGCCUAAAGGCCUCAUUGACAGCCUCAUUGGGGCACACAACCAGAGCACACCAGAGCCAUCCUGGUUGUCCCCGCUGCCCGACACCCCAGCCAUGAAACGCUGGACACAAAAGCCCGACAGAGACAUCAGGGCCAUGCUUCAGAGGCCCAGUACCUCAAAGACCACACUGGCUGAGGUGGACAACACUAUGACAGCGCCACCUCCAGGAGUGGAAAGCCAGGAACCUGAACCCGAACUGAAAUGGAAAUCAACUCAAUCGAUUGAUUAUUCUUGUGUAUCUGCCCCUGGCCAAAUUAAAGAAACAAUGCGUGCAUGCUCCCUGAAGUAAUUCACACCAGACACAAGUUUCAGGUAGUUGAAUAACUUGAGGAAUGUUUAUUCAGAGGGGACGGCAAGUCCCUUUUAAAGCAAAAUUACAUCAUAAGCAUUGUCAGAGAUAACAUGAAAUAAUAAGGUAUUAAUUGGUUAGGUGUUAAGUAGUUGUCUUAGUGCUCUGCCUACUAGAGGUGAUGUCACUGAGACCAUGAGGGUCCUCCCCAGAUCUCAGCGCCAUCUUGUUACACGAGGUAGUUAAUCGAGUUUAUAAGAAGGGAGGGGUUAGAAACUUCUAGCAGCCAUUUUGUCUAAAUAUGCGUGAAUAUCUACUGAUUUCAGUGUGAUGGGUAAAUAGACAUUUUACUAGCUACAAAGAUAUAUGUGUAUAUGUCCAUAUUUUAUUUCCACAACAGAACAAAUGUCCCUAACAGAGCAAAUUCAAAGCCUACAGCAAGCAGAUAGCUCAACACCAACCACUAAAGGGGACCUCAAACUGCUCCUAGCAGACCUCCAUAAAAUGAUGGCAGCACUUGUACGCACGGAGAUCCAAGCUAACACUGACCGCAUAAGGGCAAUAGAGGUAGACAUACUGUAUGUCCAAACAACGGUGAAUAACCUGGAAGGCCAAGUACAACAACUCCAUACUCACCAUCACACCAUGUCACAGUGACUGGUGGCACUUGAAGACCAAAUCAGGCGCAACAAUAUAAAAAUCCGAGGCAUUCCAGUGGAGGUAUGAACAGAAUAGCUUCCACACUAUACUAGGAGUCUGUUAGCCGCCAUACUGUCACCAGCAGUGGCCAAAAAGAUUACCCUGGAUUGCACUUUUCGACUAGCCAGCAUGGUUAAACCCUCUAACUCAGGAAUGAGGGAUGUGAUUACUGGUGCACAACCGCAAAAGAUAAAGCUUGCAUCAUGGUGGCUGUACAGGGCAAAACCCCACUGAAUUUUUUGCAGGAUCUGACCAGGCAACACUACAGUGGCGCAGAACUCUGGUUCCCAUCAUGACUCACCUCCGGUCUCAGGGAGUGCCUUACCGCUGGGGGACUCAGGGUAUCUUACUGGUAACCCGGAACGGAAUUGUCCACACACCGAACACUGGCAGAAACUCCUAAAUUCUACACCGCUUUAGGAAUAACAGCACCCGACCCCAGGGCACCUGGAGGUGCCACAGCGAGGUCAUGGAACCCUGACAAUGUUGUUCCUCUCGUACCAAGGGUAGAGAACCUCUCCUCAACAGGGACUUGACUCACAAGCAGGCCCACAUGGAGCCCACGAACUCAUCCGACACAAAGUCAUAGAGGCCAGCCAAGACUCGACCUAAAGUUUAACUCUAGCUCAAAUUUAUUUUUGUUUUUCUUAAUGUUUAUAUUGCUGUUUUACAUGUUGUAGCAGGAAAGGGUUAAGUAGACUAGAAUAGGACUCUGAGGUACCCAGCCCAUGUACGAUUAAUAGCUCACAUUGUUACAGAUUGGAGAUAACCCCCCCAAAACCCACGCCACCUCACGGUUAAGAAGUAACACUUACCAAGACAGACCUGUCACGAGCAGCUACAGUUGAAGGCACUAAACACCUCUCGUAGCCCACCUACAUGAAGAAAUGCAAUGCCACUUUACAGGUAGUGACAAGUAUUGUUCCCUCUCGCAAACAUUCAUGCUCACCACCACAUUUAUGUGAUACCUACCCAGAACAACCCCCUAAAGCGAUACGCCUCGCAUAGCUGACAUAACCCCCGAAACUACCCGAAUCGUCAUACGGUAUAUCACACCUGGUUACAGCUCCACUGAGUAAUUAAGAAAAUAGAAAUGUUCAAAAAAUAAUAAUUGUACUUUCCUCAGUCAUGUAAUGCCAAGACGUUGUUUGCAUUAUUUGCAAUUUUAAAAUGCCAUAAUGACGCAUAAUGUAUUGUAUAAAACGAGUACUACCCAAAAUACCACAAAUGUCAAUUAGUGAUUCCAAGUUAUUGUGGCAGUGGCUAAAUGGCUAACAGUACGCACCUCAAACCGAAAUCAGCAGGACGUGGCUGUCUAGAAGACAAGCACUGGAGGCUGUCUUAACCCUGCAAUGUAAAUAUUGCAGUUUCUCUAAGUCUACAAUGUUUUCACAUGCAGGGUUAAGGGGACAGGGACAGUGCUCCCAGACCACUUCAAAGAGACAAAGUGGUCUGGGUGACUAUGGUGUCCCUUUAAUGUAUAAAUGUGGUGGCCCCACACCAUUCAAGAACUUAGGUUAAUGGGUCAAGAAACUUUGACAUCAAAGAGAACUUUUCAACAGAUUUCUGAUGAAGUCACACGCAGACACCAACCGCUUCCCAUUUGGAUUUCAGCUUCAGCUUGAAAGCUUUAUAUUAAAAGAUUAUGAAAAACACAAAUUAGCUGUUUGCAAAACUGUAAUAAUCAAAACUAUUAAUUAAUAGUGAUGUCCCGAACGGUUCGCUGGCGAAUAGUUCCCGGCGAACUGAGCGGCGGGUGGGGGCCAUAUUGAUAAUGAGGGGGGGACCUAAUGCCCCCCCCCCGCCCCCACCCCUGCGCGGCUGGUGGGGGCCAUAUUGAUAAUGAGGGGGGGACCUACUGCCCCCCCGGCCCCCACCCCUGCGCGGCGGGUGGGGGCCAUAUUGAUAAUGAGGGGGGGGACCUACUGCCCCCACCCCCGCGCGGCGGGUGGGGGCCAUAUUGAUAAUGGGGGGGGAACCUACUGGCCCCCACCCCUGCGCGGCGGGUGGGGGCCAAAUUGAUAAUGAGGGGGGGACCUACUGCCCCCCCCGGCCCCCACCCCUGGGCGGCGGUUGGGGGCCAUAAAGAUAAUGGGGGGGGGACCUACUGUCCUCCCCCCCCGGCCCCCACCCCUGGGCGGCGGGUGGGGGCCACAAAGAUAAUGAGGGGGGGGACCUACUGUCCUCCCCCCCCAGGCCCCCACCCCUGGGCUGCGGGUGGGGGCCCUAAGUAAAUUCCCCCCCCAAGGUUAAGGGGACAGGGACAGUGCUCCCAGACCACUUCAAAGAGACAAAGUGGUCUGGGUGACUAUGGUGUCCCUUUAAUGUAUAAAUGUGGUGGCCCCACACCAUUCAAGAACUUAGGUUAAUGGGUCAAGAAACUUUGACAUCAAAGAGAACUUUUCAACAGAUUUCUGAUGAAGUCACACGCAGACACCAACCGCUUCCCAUUUGGAUUUCAGCUUCAGCUUGAAAGCUUUAUAUUAAAAGAUUAUGAAAAACACAAAUUAGCUGUUUGCAAAACUGUAAUAAUCAAAACUAUUAAUUAAUAGUGAUGUCCCGAACGGUUCGCUGGCGAAUAGUUCCCGGCGAACUGAGCGGCGGGUGGGGGCCAUAUUGAUAAUGAGGGGGGGACCUAAUGCCCCCCCCCCGCCCCCACCCCUGCGCGGCUGGUGGGGGCCAUAAAGAUAAUGGGGGGGGGACCUACUGUCCUCCCCCCCCGGCCCCCACCCCUGGGCGGCGGGUGGGGGCCACAAAGAUAAUGAGGGGGGGGGACCUACUGUCCUCCCCCCCCAGGCCCCCACCCCUGGGCUGCGGGUGGGGGCCCUAAGUAAAUUCCCCCCCCAAGGUGACUAGGGGUCCCCAAGCCCCUAGUCACCCCCCCCAAAUAAAAAGUCCCUACCUACCCCCCUCACCCUAAAAAAUAGUGAGGGGGAAAUAAAAUAACUAACCUGUAAAAUAAAAGUAAACUUACCAUUCGACGUCUUCUUUUUUCUCAAAUCUUCAUUUUUCAGCCCCAAAAAAGGCCAAAGAAAAAAACAUCAUAACCGUCGAAUUGAAAAUAAAAUAAAAAUCCUGAGCGCAAAAAAAAAAACAGAUGAAAAAGAAAAAACCCGAGCGCAAAAAAAUAAUCCAUCUUCACCCAUGGAGGGCUCCGCGCAGACUGAGCUCCUUGGGGAAGGCUUAUAAACCUUGCCCGCCCUGCAAAGCUAAGAACACUCUGUGGUGGGUUUAAGCCAAUCAGAGUGCUCUUUAUCAUUUUUACAGCGUGGGGAAAAUUCAAAAGAACUUUCCCGCUGUGUAUGACACAAACUAUGAUUGGAUGGCAGAAAUCCAUCCAAUCAGAGUGCUCUUUGUCAUUUACACAGCGUGGGAAAAUUCCAAAGAACUUUCCCACGCUGUGUAAAAUGACACAGAGCACUGUGAUUGGAUGGCUUGAAAUCCAUCCAAUCACAGUGCUCUGUGUCAUUUUACACAGCGUGGGAAAGUUCAAUUUUCCCAUGCUGUGUAAAAUGACACAGAGCACUGUGAUUGGAUGGAUUUCAAGCCAUCCAAUCACAGUGCUCUGUGUCAUUUUACACAGCGUGGGAAAGUUCUUUUGAAUUUUCCCACGCUGUGUAAAAUGACAAAGAGCACUCUGAUUGGCUUAAACCCACCAAUCAGAGUGUUCUUUGCCUAAUUGCAGGGCGGGGCAAGUCUUUAUAAGCCUUCCCCCGCCAUGCAGAGCUCAGUCUGCGAGGAGCCCUCCAUGGGUGAAGAUGGAUUAUUUUUUUGCGCUCGGGAUUUUUAUUUUAUUUUCAAUUCAACGGUUAUGAUGGUUUUUUAUUUGGCCUUUUUUACAGGUUAGUUAUUUUUAAAAUAGUUAUUUUAUUCCCCCCUCACUAUUUUUUAGGGUGAGGGGGGUAGGUAGGGACUUUUUAUUUGGGGGGGGGGUGACUAGGGGCUUGGGGACCCCUAGUCACCUUGGGGGGGGAAUUUACUUAGGGCCCCCACCCGCAGCCCAGGGGUGGGGGCUUGGGGGGGAGGACAGUAGGUCCCCCCCCUCAUUAUCUUUAUGGCCCCCACCCGCCGCCCAGGGGUGGGGGCCGGGGGGUGGGAGGACAGUAGGUCCCCCCCCUCAUUAUCUUUAUGGCCCGCACCCGCCGCCCAGGGGUGGGGGCCGGGGGGGGAGAACAGUAGGUCCCCCCCUCAUUAUCUUUAUGGCACCCACCCGCCGCCCAGGGUGCAGGGGUGGGGGCCGGGGGGGGGGGCAGUAGGUCCCCUCCUCAUUAUCAAUAUGGCCCCCACCCGCCGCGCAGGGGUGGGGGCGGGGGGGACAAUAGGUCCCCCCUUAUGUUUCAUUUUAGGGCCCCCACCCACCGCUCAGGGGUGGGGGCAGGGGGGGGACAAUAGGUCCCCCCCUUAUUUUUCAUUUUAGGGCCCCCACCCACCGCUCAGGGGUGGGGGCCGGGGGGGACAAUAGGUCCCUCCAUAUUGUUAUUAGGGCCCCCACCGACCGCUCAGGGGUGGGGGCCGGGGGGGGGACAGUAGGUCCCCCCCCUCAUUAUCUUUAUGGCCCCCACCCGCCGCCAGUAGGUCUCCUCCCCCCCCCCCAACCAGUAAGAGUCCCUGUGGAUUUUAAAAUUCGCCUGCCCAUUGAAGUCUAUGGCGGUUCGCCGGGUUCGCGAACAUUUGCGGAAGUUCGCGUUCGCAAACCGAAAAAUUCACGUUCGCGACAUCACUAUCAAUUAAUAGUUUGUCGCAUUCUAUAUAACUAAUAAAAAUAAAAAAAAGUUUAGCUUUUGUGUUUUUUCUUUUUGUUAACAGUUUGCAAAUGAAAUUUAAAGUUAAACAUCAGUCACAGUUUUGGUUUAGUUUAACCUGAAAAAGGUUGGCUGUAAAAAAACUACAUUCAGCUUGACUGUCUCCAUUUUGACAACAAUGCCAUAUAACAGUGACAGGAUUAAAGUGCACAUUGCUGAGAAUUCAAAGUGAAUUUCCAAUAUUAAAGGAACAAUAUAGUCACCUAAAUUACUUCAGCUAAAUAAAGCAGUUUUAGUGUAUAGAUCAUUCCCCUGCAAUUUCACUGCUCAAUUCACUGUCAUUUAGGAGUUAAAUCACUUUGUUUCUGUUUAUGCAGCCCUAGCCACACCUCCCCUGGCUAUGAUUGACAGAGCCUGCAUGAAAAAAAAAACUAGUUUCACUUUCAAACAGAUGUAAUUUACCUUAAAUAAUUGUAUCACAAUCUCUAAAUUGAACUUUAAUCACAUACAGGAGGCUCUUGCAGGGUCUAGCAAGCUAUUAACAUAGCAGGGGAUAAGAAAAUCUUAAUUAAACAGAACUUGCAAUAAAGAAAGCCUAAAUAGGGCUCUCUUUACAGGAAGUGUUUAUAGAAGGCUUUGCAAGUCACAUGCAGGGAGGUGUGACUAGGGUUCAUAAACAAAGGGAUUUAACUCCUAAAUGGCAGAGAAUUGAGCAGUGAGGCUGCAGGGGCAUGUUCUAUACACCAAAACUGCUUCAUUAAGCUAAAGUUGUUCAGGUGACUAUACUGUCCCUUUAAGCCAAAAUAGACAAAUGUCUAGCAGAGUUUCUCUUGAAUGAACAUUUCAGUCCCCUAAAGAGCUUUAGGAGUAAUGCCCCUGUCUCUACAGGCUUAUUUUAUAGAAGUGCAGAGAGAAAUCUUAGUAAAACCUUGUGGCUAUCUGCUUGUCACACAGACAGCUAGGGGGAUGUUCUGUCUCACAAGUGAAUGUUUCUCAUAGACAAGCAAUGGAUUCUCUCAUGGAGAUUGCACGGUGUAUCCCAAAGUUUCUCUGUGAGAAACAACUCAUUGGAUACAAGUCAACAGUACUGAUAACUUCUCGGAAUUAGGGGAGGAGAUCGACAGAGAGAAGAGUCUCCUGCCCCAGAAUAAAGGUAAGCUUAAUAGGUUUUUAAUUUGAAAUGAGGGACCUAGUUAUCUAAAAACAGGAGAACAUACAUUUAAAACUAAAUGUAUAUAAGUAUUUUUCAAUUAGAGUAUUAAACCUUUAAUUUAAUAAGUACAUCUCAUCACAUAGCAUCAAAUAUAAAACAUUUCUAAACGGAAGCACCAUUAGACAUGAGCAGUAACGUACUGGAUGCACAUAGUCCAUAUUGAAAAAUUGGGUUAUUGAUAAAGUUUAUAAAUUUUGCAAAAUAUUAAAGGAACACUAUAGCACCAUAACCACUACAGUACGUUGGAAUGGUUACGAUACCAGGAUUGCCCUGGUGCAUCCCUAGUGGAAGUAGUCAAACUACUAAUGGUUUCACUUCUUACCUAGAGUCCACUAGACACCACUCCCUGCCUCCUCGUAGUCGUACGUGAGAGUUGGAAGCUUCUACUAGACGCUUCGGUCAUCUUUACUAAUCCAAGGGCAAGCUCUUUGGCUUAGAACAUCAGCUGAUCACUCUCAGCCAAUGAGCUAAGCCGUGCGUCACAGUGCUUAGUUUGGUGAAGAGAGCUUGCGCCUGUGAGGAGGCGGGGAGCUGGCCCUGGCGGAUCGAAGGAAAGAACUCAAAUCACGUUAAUAUGGUUUGACUACUUACCUCUUGGUGAUGCAGCAGGGCACUCCUGGUACCAUAACCACAACAGCACAAUGUAGUAGUUAAAGUUUUUCGAGUGUUCCUUUAACAAUAAUAUAGACAAAAUGUUAUAACCAUACGAGGUGUCCUUUAUUUUGUCUAAUUAUAAUUUAUUUAUUUUUUUGAGGCGCAAAUAUAAACUUGCCAACCAACAAUCAAAUGGAAGAAUCGCCUUUGCAUACUGCUUGCCGUAUCGGAGUCCCUGAGCUCGUGGCAUUUUAUGUCAAUCAGGGUGCAUACGUGGACAGUGUUAAUGCAAGUCUGGAAACACCUCUGGCCACUGCUGCUUACUGGACACUUAAUAUAAAGGAACAGAAAUACAGCACCCGGCACCACGUGAUCUGUAGGAUGUUACUGGAUUAUGGUGCUGAGGUCAAUUCUCGGGAUGAAGAUUAUAAAGCUCCACUCCAUAAAGCAGCUUGGAAUUGUGACCAUGUUCUUAUGCAUAUGAUGCUGGAAGCCGGUGCUAAGGCCAAUGUCAUGGAUGUUAACGGAUGUGCACCACAGCAAUACGUCUUAAAAGUAACUUCUGUCCGGGCAGCUGCACAACCAGAGAUCUGCUAUCAGUUACUGUUAAAUCACGGAGCAGCAAGAAUUUAUCCUCCGCAGUUUCACAAGGUGAAAAGGAAAGGUGAUAGUUACAUGCUGGGAUCAUACAUUUGUAAUCAGUAAUUUGAAUCAGAAGAUAUUGCACUCCAGUCUUUGCUAGGAAGAGAUAAUUGCUAGAGACACAAAUGGAAGAAUAUGGGGAAAUAACUAGUGAGAGAAAACUGGAGGUAGCAAAUCUUAUAUUAUUAGAGUACUUCCAGGUCUAAAAAGACAGUUCUGUGCAAUGUAUUGUUUUCUAAUAGGGUAACCUCUUUAAUGUGAUUGUUGUUUCCCCAGAUACAUGUAUCUAUAUGUUUAGGAUAUUGCACAGAUUGUAUUGGGUCAGGGGUUGUGUACAUUCGGGCAGUGUACAACAAGUAAGGGAGCCGAGUCCAACACUCCGUCAUCUAAGUUAAGUUGUUAUGGUGCCAGGAGGGCCCCCAGAUGCACUUUACUAUAGAUGGUUAAACCAUUCUCCAUUGAUUUUAACCCUGAAGUUUGCCUCAAGCGCCAAUCUCAGGUCCCCCAGGAGGCAUCCAGCUUCUGAAAGCUUCAGGAAGUGCAGGGUGCCGCCGGGCAGGUGCAACUGACACUCUCAGCCAAUCAGUGACUACUCGUUCAUAAAACUGGCUUGAAAAAGGCAUGUUUUUUUUCAAGCCACUUUUAUAAAUGGGGAGUCACUUAUUGGCUAAAAGCGUCAGCUGAUCGCUCUCAGCCAAUCAGCGGUGCCCUUGCCCGUUCGCACUUCCUUAAACUGAGAUUCAGAAGAAAAAUGCUGCCUGUGCGCUCGUGGCAAACUUUGGGGUUAAACUGUUUGAGAAUGGUUUAACCCCGUAAGGUUAGAGUACUCCCGAGGUCCUCUUGGCACCGUAACAACUUAAUUUAGAUUAACUACAGAUCCUACUAUAGUUUCCCUUGGGCAUUAAACCCUUGUGAUGACCAGGCCAUAAAUUAACAAGCCCAUAUUGUGAUGGCACAGAUCUACUGUGCAAUUUAUUGAACACCUGUUCAGUAUAAUAUGGAGAAUAAACUAACAAUAAUAGCCAUGGAGAUAUGAGAUACAAUAAAAAAUUUUACUUUGACGUUUACCAAAAUAUAUAUUUAUAAAUCUCAUGUGCAUAAAUGAUAACGGACUACCAUAUAACGGCCACUAUACCGGCAGGUCAUACAAGAGUGCUGCGGCUACCCAAAAGCGGUUGAAGUUAUGGCCAAUGCUUAUGAACACAUCACAGCAACGUCAAAAUGGAGGAAAGCUAUUCCAGAUGAUGUAUAUGAGGUAAUUAAUCUGGCAAUACAUGACAAAUACUUUCUAUUAAAAAAAAUGUGUGAGUUUCUGCAAAAGGUAACUUAGGAAAGCAUGAGUGUCAAGAGUCCCCAGUUGUCUCCUAGCUGUUCAGAAAUGAGAGCAGUGCCUGGUGGACCCUAGCUUAGAGGUCAACCUGCUCUAAAAUGGUUUAUGUUCCUUAAAAGCAAUGAGGAAUCCUGCGGCACAUACCCUGUACAUAAUGCAGUGCUGUCCAUCAAUACAAAGACAUUAAAUAAAGAUAAGGACUAGCGCUUUUUUCACAAUAGAUUGUACAAACGUAUAUACAGAGAUAUCAAAUAAAUUAGCUGCUCAACAUUCUUGUGAGUCCUUCAAUGUCACCAGUAAUUCCCAACAAAAAAAAAAAAGGAAAAAAUUCCUUAGAGAAUGUAGCGCUUAUGGAAUAGGUAAACAAAUUAUCACCUUUUAGUAUUUCAUUGGAAGAUAGGUUCUUAUUUAGAUGUCGAAUAGGCAGGUAUCUAUAAAAGAUAACCAAACAUAGUGUAGAUGGUAUACAACUAUACAAUCAUAUAUAUGUAUAUAUAUAUAUAGUAUUUUUCACUCACAAACCGAGAGCUAUGGACCUAGCUCUGGUUUGAAUCGCUUCUAGGUCCAUAUAGGCGACCCACCCCUGCUUGGGAUAUAUGUCUUGUCCUACAGGGAAAUAAAUAUACCAAAAAUAGCGUAGCACAGUCGGUGGUAGUUAAAAUGAGAAUACCAUUCUCAAAUGGGUACUUACAAACAAUAUAUAAAAUAAAAUCGUAACAAUGUCCAAAAACCGGAACGCGUUUCACCACAUAAGCAUGGCUUCCUCAACUGGAUCGAUGAGCUGAAUUUAUAUAUUGUAUCAAUAAAUUUGUUCUUUUUAAUUUUUUUUUAUAUUUGGUUCUCCAUCCAUCAUUCUACAUUUGGGAGUGCAGUCCCUAACCUGCACAUUGCUCAAGAACUGAGUCAAUUUAGACUCUCUGUUUGUAAGUACCCAUUUGGGAAUGGUAUUCUCAUUUUAACUACCACCGACUGUGCUACGCUAUUUUUGGUAUAUUUAUUUCCCUGUAGGACAAGACAUAUAUCCAAAGCAGGGGUGGGUCGCCUAUACGGACCUAGAAGCGAUUCAAACUAGAGCUAGGUCCAUAGCUCUCUGUUUGUGAGUGGAAAAUACUAUAUAUAUAUGAUUGUAUAGUUGUAUACCAUCUACACUAUGUUUGGUUAUCUUUUAUAGAUACCUGCCUAUUCGACAUCUAAAUAAGAACCUAUCUUCCAAUGAAAUACUAAAAGGUGAUAAUUUAUUUACCUAUUCCAUAAGCGCUACAUUCUCUAAGUAAUUUUUUCCUUUUUUUUUUUGUUGGGAAUACAAAGACAUUAUCACGGUUAUUUAGUAAUGUGAGAAUUGUUGGCAAUUCAAAGUGAGGUUUAAUUUUAAGGCAAAAAUAGCUGAAUUUGAAAAAAAAUCUCCAACUCAGCUAUGCUUACAGGUCCGCUAUUAUAGUCUAAAAUUUUAAACCCACUUUCCUGAGAGCUCUGACUAAUUAAAUAAUCCUGCAGAUGUAUCAAAGAAAAUACAAUGGGCCCAUUAAUAAGAUAAUAAGAUAAUUAUGUGAGAGAAUGUUAGAAGACAGAGUAUGUAGAGAGUAUGUGAGAGAGUGUUGGAAGAGUAUGCAUAGAGUAUGUGAGAGAGUGUUGGAAGAGUAUGUAGAGAGUAUGUGAGAGAAUGUUAGGGAAGGGAAGUAUAAAGCAGUUACAGUGCCUGCAGUAUUCCUUUAGACACAUUACUGUAAGCAUUAUGGUUGUGGAGCUCUGUUAUACACUCAUGUACACCAGCAAUAUAGAGCUCCUUGAAAAGAGGGGCAGAUGGAUUUAGGUCCAUAAUAGGGACUGUUCCUCCGAAAAAAGGAAACGUGGGAGGUAUGAUUGUGUAAUAUCACUACAAUACAAUAAGCUUUCUGAAACAUGUCUGCACCUUCCUGUUUGUUACAGAGGCACCAGAAAUUCUAUGAAGGUCUUUUUGAAGUGUGCAGCAACUCUCCUAGGUCACUCCUGCACCUGACCCGAUGUGCAAUCCGAGCAAUAUUGCGAACGGAUUGUCACCAAGUCGUUCCACAGCUUCCACUUCCAGCGACAUUAAAGAAAUAUCUCCUUCUAGAUCCACAAGGACGAUUCUACUGACCUUGCCGCGCUGUAUAUCUAUUUUUAUCUUCAGCAUGAGGUUUGACAAAGUGCAUCAUAUGUGCUCUAGUUCGCAUACAUUCAACUGUGUGUCCCUACUCAUCUGAUUCUUUCUCUAUAUUCUGUGAUAAGUGUGCAUUCCAUACCUUCCACCACUGUGAGUAAUAAAGCCAGGACAGGGGUCGGUGAGCCCUUUAAGGGCUUGCCAGUGGUUUAGCUUGUGGCACAGGUGAAACCCAAUGGCCCCCAAAGGGGUAGGCCCACCUGAAAGGAUCAUAUGAGUCUGGUACGAAUGCAUGUUAGGCUGAUUGGACAUCACACUGAACAGUCCAUCUGACACUUCAUAUGUGUCUACGGGCAUCCUCAGUAUAGGGCAAGAGGAAGUACGUGCUAUCCUUGAAUUUGCCUCUCAUUUUAUUUAAAUGAAGUCCAAGAGCGAGAGUGCCUUCACAUGAUGACAUUGCUCUAUCCUCCCCCCAGAAUAAUAUCUGAAGACGAGCCUGGUUCUUCCUGUGGCAUGAAUGCCCUGAGUAUAGCUUGCUCAGUGUGAGUGUGUCUAUUAAUGCUCCUUCACUGCCCAUACUAAGAGUAAUUCCCUAAUGUCACUGCACUUACUAGUGUCAUCCUGUUCUGCCCGUGGGAUGAGUGCCCUGAGUAUAGCUUGCUCAGCGUGAGUGUGUCUAUUAAUGCUCCUUCACUGCCCAUACUAAGAGUAAUUCCCUAAUGUCACUGCACUUACUAGUGUCAUCCUGUUCUGCCCGUGGGAUGAGUGCCCUGAGUAUAGCUUGCUCAGCGUGAGUGUGUCUAUUAAUGCUCCUUCACUGCCCAUACUAAGAGUAAUUCCCUAAUGUCACUGCACUUACUAGUGUCAUCCUGUUCUGCCCGUGGGAUGAGUGCCCUGAGUAUAGCUUGCUCAGCGUGAGUGUGUCUGAUGAGGCUCCGUUACUGCGCAUACUAAGAGCAAUUCCCUAGUUUUACUGGAUGUGGGAAUCCAGGGAACAAACCUAGGAUGGCAGGACACAGACCCGAAACCAGGACUGUCCUGCCAAACCCAGGACUGUUGGUUGGCAUCAUGGCAUCAAAUACUUGAAUGCUCUUUACAUAGAAACAUAGAAUGUGACGGCGGAUAAGAACCAUUCGGCCCAUCUAGUCUGCCCAGUAUUUCCAAAAACUUUGAAUUAGUGCCUGGCCUUAUCUUAAGUCUAGGAUAGCCUUAUGCCAAUCCCACGCAUGCUUAAACUCCCUCACUGUGUUAACCUCUACCACUUCAGCUGGAAGGCUAUUCCAUGCAUCCACUACCCUCUCAGUAAAGUAAUACUUCCUGAUAUUAUUUUUAAACCUUUGUCCCUCUAAUUUAAGACUAUGUCCUCUUGUUGUGGUAGUUUUUCUUCUUUUUCUUUACAGGGUUGUAGACAUGAUGAGCUGAAACAGAGUUUGUAAAAUAGAGAAUCUAUUUGUAGUAUAAAACUAUUAUUCUUUAGCUCAUGUACAGUAUAGUUCAUUUUAGGAAUGCACAUCAGCAAUGCAAGCAUAUGUUCUUAUAAAAGAGUUAACACAGCCUUUGUAGCAGCAUGAUAUUAUGACGUCUUAGUCAUUUGCAAAGCUGUUCGUUAGAUCGUUUUUAGGAUUGGCCUAUAAAUGAAUAAAAAUUUAUUUUAUGAUGAUGUAAAAGUAUUGUAAUGUAGAUUUUGUACAGAGAACACUGCAAACAUAUACAGUACAUGUGCAUUGAACAAUGUUUCUGAAAGUUAUUUACUUUAUGUAAAUAUAGAUUUUAGUAGGCAACAAAAAAAGUAUUUAUUUGCAAUAAUUUUUAAAUAAUUUUUGUACCUUUAUGUAGCAUAACUCCACCCCCAGGCCUUACCUCCACUUUUCUUGAAUAUUAUUCCUGAUUAGAAGUGUACAGUGUCUGUAUGCAACAAAACCAAUGAAAGAUCAAGGUCAGUUGAGCUGCUGACAUGACUCCAAUCGACAGCAAUUCACUAUCCGCUUAUUAUCUGUGUAGUCAGAGCCAUAUCUAAAAAUCACCGGACCCCUAUGCAAAGAUUGCCCUUGGGCUCCCCAUUUGUCUUAUUUCCCCUCCCAGUCCCUCCAUGUUUCUCAUUCUUCCCCCUUAGCCCCUCAUCGUGUCUCAUUCUCCCUCAGUUCCUCCACGUAUCUCAUUCUCCCCCCAGCCCCUCCGUGUGUCUCUCCCCCAUCCACCCAUCCCCUCCAUUUGUCUCAUUCCACACCAGUCCCUCCAUGUGUCUCUCCCACCCUCCAGCCCCCCACCUUUUGACAGGAAGUUCUCGUUGCUCUCAGUGAACACUUCCUGUCAGUCCACGGUCCACUUAGUCACCUACAUAUAGUGACUGGCAGGAGGGGGAUCGCUGCACAAUCCCCUCCUGCUGAUCAACCAGCCACCACGUGCACCGCGGUAGUUACGCCACAGUGUGUGGUAUUUCAAAACCAUGCUAAGAAGUAAGGAGGGAAAUGAUAAGACAGGACAGCCAUUCCAGCAGCUCAGCUUACAUAAAGCUCUCAUUGACUAAGGUUGAAGCCUAUCAAAUACAGUUAACCAUGCUGGUGCCUACAGUGUCACUUAUCUGGAUCAUACUGAAAAACUAUCAGGAGCCAGAUGUUCAUUUCUAGGUUAAAGGAAAGCUCUAAGGGUGAAAUAAAUAUAUUUAUUUCUUAAAUUUGUCCCCUCUUAAAAUGUGGAGGGUAUCUGCAGUAUCUGCUUGCCAUCCACUCAGUCUACUCUAAGAACAUCAGACUUCUUGAUCUCGGUCCAUUGCUUCUCAAUCACCACACUCUGCCAGUCCAGUGCUCUGCAUGGUGAACCACUGAAUCCAGUGCUUUUCUGUGAGAGCCUUUGAAUGUGUUCGGCGUAAUUGUGCUGUGUGUGAUAACACCAAAUGGAAAGGUCCAAGAAAAUGAGUGAAGAAGUAAAGUUUUUAGUGAGGAAGCACUUAAAUGGUCAUGUUGACUGGAGUCGGUAUGUGCAGCAUUUUGCUUUGAAACGCUGAGUUUAGUCUCUUUGCUGUCCAAUGUGCAGCUCCAACCCUGGAAGUAUCACUGUGGCUUUCAUCAGCCAGCCCGGACCUAGAGUUCUGGGUUGGCUAAUGUCAAUUUGUGCAAAUUCCAAAGUACAGAAUCAAACGGCCAAGCUGAUGCUGUCAGCCAAUGAAUGAAUAGCAGGACCGGCAUCUGACUUCAGGAGCCAUUGUCACAAUCCCUGAUUUAGAGGAGAUCAGGCGGCAAGCUGAUCCAUGUAAGAAGGCAAACCAUUGUAAAACAGCUUGUCCCAUUAACAGGGAACAGUGCCAGGAUAUUCCGAACAUCAUAACCACUGUGCUUAGAAUGUCCCUUAAAAUGUAUUAGAGAUCUCUGAUACCACACUCUAUAGAAUACCAAAGAAGCCAACCAGCUACUUUCUGCAUAUCAUCCCCGGGUUGAUACACCACCCCAACCACAAAGUAUUACUCAUCAUUCUCACGGUAGCUAAGAUAAACUUGGCGUUCCACUGGAAGAACACGACGAUUCCCUCGUUAGAUACUCUCAUACAGAGGUUGAAUACGAUAAGUAAUUACGAGAGAAUGGUUAACAAAACACAGGGUUGUGUAAGUAGGUAUGUGAGAGAUUGUGAAUGCUGGACCACAAAUAUUGGAAAGGCACAGGACAGCAACGCUAACAAUGAGGAAACUGAUAGGAAUAAAUAACUUAUAGGACACCACUUUUGUGUGACUUGAAUGUCUGGCCAGGCUCUAGGGUUUUAAGGGCAGGGUAUGUGUCACAAGAACUGUUGCAUUAGCAUUAUCAAUGGGAACCUAACCCCCCCUCCCCCCUCUUUUUUUUCUUUUCUGUAAUCCCCUCCCUCUCUGUUAUCUUUCUAUGGUAUUCUCAUGUUUUAAUGAAGCUAAUAAGGCUACAAUUACCAGAGGACAACAGCAUAAUACAUUUAAGCAAAGCUUUGUUGUCAAUCUAGGAAAAAUAGUUGUAAAUUGUCGUAUAGCAAUUGUUUACUCUGUUAUAUGAAAAUGUUACAGUUUUGAUAUUAUAUGCA